GACAAUACUUAAUAUUAAGCGCUUGUGUACGUAUAAACACUUCAGACUUUAAUAAUAUGAACUAUGAAGGUAAGAAAAACUGCUCUUUUCUGGCUGCCAACGGCUUUCUCCGGUCUUGAAACCGGAAACAGUCUCAAUUCCGGUUCCCGACGCGCCAAAAACGAAAAACAAGACGUGACGUUCCGCACGUCUGUUUACAUCUGUAGUAACCAUUCAUCCUGACCGAGUGACGAGAGACUAGGUGGACAUAAACACAACGUUUUUAUUUCAGGUUGAAGAAUGACAGGAUAACUAAAGAUCACUGAGUGAAACUGUCCUUGAGUGAGUAUAACAGAGAAUUUGCUAAUUGGAGGUUAAUACGGACUUGAAGAUGAGUAAGUGGGGGGAUCGACUGAAGAAAGUUGAGCAGCUCGCUCAGUCGUUCCAGAAAAAUCCUCUGACGACACCUUACAAGCCUCGACUGUGGCCCUGCCAGCCUUCGUCUGUUUGGAAAUUCUUCCCUCGUCAAUGCAUGGCUAUCAGCUUCGCUCAGAGCUGCAAAGAGGCUGUGCACGUUUUUGCACUUGAAAAAGAAAAGGAGGCGGUGGGUCAAAGGAUUUACCUGGUUACCAGUUACAGUGAGCUGUGGUUUUACUACAGGACUUACACCCAGUCUUUGAUGCACUGUUACGAGGUGAUACCAGAGGGAGCUGUCUGUAAGCUCUACUUGGACUUGGAGUUUCACAAACCUUCAAACAAUGGAUCUGAUGGGAAAACUAUGGUGUCUUUGCUUAUCCAGUACGUCUGUGACAAAUUAUUGGAAGUUUAUGGGAUUGAAUGCUCUGCGAAAAAUGUCCUCAAUCUCGACUCCAGCACUGAGGAGAAAUUCAGCAGACAUCUCAUCUUCUGUCUCCAACAAGCAGCUUUCAAAGACAACAUUCAUGUUGGAAGGUUCAUCCAUGCAAUUCUUCAGCCUGUCCUAAACAAACCCAAAAAUGGAAGCCACCUUGAUAAUGGAGUGGAAACACGAACACAAGCAGCGAGUCCAGAGAUGAAGAGGCGUAAAGAGGAAGGGAGAGACCUCAGCUUCCUCCAGGUGAAAAACAAAGAUGGUAGAGACUCUCUCUUUGUGGAUCUUGGCGUCUACACAAAGAACAGAAAUUUCCGCCUGUACAAGUCGUCUAAAGCGGGGAAGAAUGCUGCGUUCACUGUGGCAGAAGAUAACCAGUGUAUUGCCAAACCUGAGAAGGGAACUUCUUUGGAGGAAAGCAUUUUCUUGGCCUCCUUAGUGUGUAACGUGAGCUUCACAGGUCAGAGGAUUCUUACAUGGGAUGUCCCAGAAUCAAGUGAGCCCAAAAUCUCUCCCUCUAAGUGCCAACAAGGGUCGGGUUCAGACUCAGGUGCACUUUCUGGCUUCCUGUCAUCCCCUCACCAAGAAGUGGACAACUUUGUAUUAACGGUGGUUAGAAAGGAUGGGAUACAAGGAAGCUUAAGACGAUGGAACUACUUCGCCGCAGAGCAACUUCUUGUUUAUGACAUCGCCAAAUACCGCUGGUGUGAAAACGUGGGGCGGUUUCACAAAAGCAACAACAUCAUGAUCGUUGUGGAUCUGAAAGAGGAAGUGUGGUACCAGAAGUGCCACGAUCCUGACUGCAGGAACUUCAGGUCCUCGAGUUACCCACUGCCACAAGAGAUCUGUAUCAGCUACAUCUUGACGCUGGAUGAGGAGGACCAGGUGUACCUCAUGGACGAUGCUGGCAAUAUUGAAAGCAGCCAGAAACAUAAACCCAUGGGCCCACAGAGCACAGUUCACACAGAGGAGGAGAAAUCUGAUGUGUGGGGAGAUGAACGGGAUGAUCGGGACUAUUUGGAGAGUCUAGAUGAUUUUGAACAGAAGAGUGAAGAGAUCUCAGACCAGCUCCUGCUCAGUUGUAUGGCAGAUUUUGAUUCCCAGUAGAGCAUGAGAUUUGUGUUGUUUUGCAGUAUUGCAUAAAAGACGCUGGCAGCACUUUAAACAUUGUGGAAACAUGUAAUAAAUACUACAUGUAAUAAUAUUUAUUACAUGUGCCGUGGAGAAGGAAGCUGUUCGCUGUUUUGUACGUAGCUGCAGGUGUUUGUGCUUCUGCUCAAGUGGAGAUCCUUGACUGCCUGCUCAAGUUCAAACCGAACAUGAACUGUAACAUAGCACAGCUGCUGCUCUGCUGCAUUCAAAGGAGCCAGCUGAGAUGGUUUGGGAAUGUGAUCAGAUCAGCUCUGCAGACCACACUAGAUUAAAUUUUUGGCCACGUUUCUGUUUGAGAUCAUCUUCUCCACCAUCUCCAGGCUGCCUCCACUGCUCCUGCUAAUUUUAUAAACAUCCCUGGAAGUACCUGGAGAGAACCCAUACAAAUACCACACCGAAUGGCAGCAUGGAGGACCUUCUUGCUAUGAGGUGACAGUGCUAACAACUGCACGACCAUAUUGUGUUUAUUUGGUACAUUUGACAGAUACACUUUCCAUUAUAGCACAAAACUGGACCUUUCUCCCUUUUUGAGAUCACAAGUCAUUAAAAAAAAAACAACUAAACAGUACAGCUUGUGCUGUUAAGAGGUCUUUGACACGAUUGGAUGUACAUCAUGAUCAUUCAUCAGUCAGAAAACCGGCAUUCACAAAAAAACCCUUUUUGUCAAAUGGCUGAAAUAAAGACUGCUGAUUUUGCAAAGUGUCAGUGAAGGACAUGGAAACAAUUUGAAUCAAUUGACUUCUUAAAAAUCAACGAUAAAAAUCACUGUUACUAAAUGUUUUUACCCCAAAUACUUGCAGAAUAUACAAACGACGGUUGUGCAGCUUCAUUCCUCAGCCUUUGGCAUUGCAAUGUUAGGCAUUUAGAAAGCAACAGUGAAUAUGUUACAUGCAACAUUUAAAAAUAACACCAAAAACAAAAGCCCAAAAUCUGUGAACCGACAUGAUUUUCAGUAGGCUGUUAACCAAAAACUUCA